AUGGGUAAUCAGUACCAUAAGCCGACAGCAGUUAAUGAAGACGAGAUUGAACCAUAUACUCGUCAGAAGGGUGACUCACCAUAUACGCGAUCGGGCUUACCACCACCAACGAUUAUUCAGAAGAGUGAUAAAGUGCCACAUUUGAAACAUGAACCAAUGAGUUUAGAACUACAUAUGGCUGAUGAACGAGCGCGAGCAGCGGGUCUUACUCCUGCGGAAAGAGAAUGGCGAAAGAAAUGGGUUCUGGAUCAGCAUCUUCAUCCGGAUGAGCCAAUUCACGUUGAUGCUGUGCAUAGACAACUUAAUCCCAUACGUAUUUUAUACCGUACACCGUUGGAUAAGCUUUACAAACAUUUCUUAAAACCAACAUUUGGUAUAUUUUAUGGUACAAUGAUACGAGUUGUAGUGCCAAAACUCUUUAUGGCGUGGAUUCUGAUCGAAGCAAGCUAUUAUUAUUGGAAAUAUGAAGCUAGGGGCUGGGAAACAAUGCGAGGAAAUGAACAGAGUUAUCCCCGUGAACGUUUCUGGGAUGAUCAGGAACUGCGAAAGAAGCAUCCGGAUUUAUUCAAAACUGGCAGACCAAUCCAGCCAGAGCAUAAGUUUGAGCCGCGAUCAUUUACCCAACGCACUGCGUUAUUGGAUCUGGGACCUCCAGCGAGACCCUGGUGA